AUGAAGACUUCUACCAUCCUCCUCGGCGCCUCGGCUGCUGUCCUGGCUGCUGCUCAGACCGACUUCCCUAACGGUUUCCCCCAGUGUGGUCUCAUUUUGGAAACCGUGGAAACUGACAAGCUCUCUUUUCAGAUCACUUGUAUCACAAAUAUGCUUGCAAAGUCCGGCAGCGAGUUCAACUGCAGCGCCUCGGAUCUUCAGUGCCUCUGCUCCAACGUCAACUUCCUGUACGGAGUUAGAGACUGUGCAGACCAGGCUUGCUCGAGCUCCAGCGAGGCCGAUCUCGUCAAGCAGGUUGGAGUCAACUACUGUGCCAAUGCUGGUAUCGCUGUCUCCGGUAUCUCUGUUGACAGCACUCUGCCUGCCACCGUUUCCGCUACGACCACUGUCGUCGCCGACGCCGGUGCCGCUACCACUGGAGCUGAUUCUACUACUGCUUCUGGCACUGAUGCUACCAGUGCUGCCAGUGCUGCUAGCUCUGCCGUCUCCACUGUCUUCAGCGAGUCGACUGACAGUGCUGGCUCCGUGACCUCCAUUGCCGUCUCGACCGUCUUCUCUGAGGCUGCCGCUGCUGUCUCGACUGUCUUCUCCGAGUCUACUGACAGCGCUGGAUCUGUCACCUCCGUAGCUGUCUCGACCAUCACCUCUGAUGCCUCAGCCGCUGGCAGCGCUGUUUCUACUGUCUUCUCCGAGUCCACUGACAGCGCUGGUUCCGUCACCUCUAUCGCCGUAUCGACUGUUUCUGCCAGCGAGGUCGAGUCCACUAGCACUGGCACCACCACUGGAACUGAUGUCAACACUGUUUCCAACGAGAGCACUACCUUGACUGCCACCUCGACCCACACUGGCACCACCCUGUCCACGAGCACCUCGACCCAGACUGGUGAGGGCUCUGCCAGCAGCAGCAGCUCUUCGGGUUUCGCUGCUCAGCAGACUGUCGGCCCAGUUGGUCUCAUCGCCGCUGCCGGUAUGGGUCUCGCCCUGAUGAUCUAA